AAGAAAAAAAAAGGUGGCCUUUGGUGUGGGGUUGGUUGGAGUCGUGGGGGAAGGAAAUUCAUACGGUCAUACCUCUGCGUCGAAGACAAUAACUACUACGGACUACGGAGUACUGUCUUCCCCCUCUCUCUAUCAGUUUAUUUUCCUCCUCAUCUGACGCGAUCAAAUAUCACCUACGUUUAUGAAAGUUUGAUCUGUAAGUUCAAACUUAAUAAUUUGCUUCCUCUGUUGACUUCUGUGCUGCUACAACCAACUCAGUUUGCUUUUAUUUUUUAGCUUUAUAUGUGCAAUUUUAUUUUAUCUUUAUUUAUUUUUAAUUAUAUAGGAGAGGAACAAGAGGAGAGUGAUUUGCGAAAGCCUUGUAUUUGGGGCCUUGUUCUAUUAUUGUGUUUGAAUUUGAUUUUUGAUUUGCUUCUAUAUGACUUCGGAUCUUAAUUUUCUAGAAUUCCAGUUGAGAGCGGGAAUUUUGUAGAGUUUUAGGGUUUGUAGAAUUGGGGUGGUUGUUAUAGAGUGAUUUGUUAGGUAUUUAUUUUUGAUUUAAUGGCGUCAAAUCCUCCAUUUGAGUUGGAGGAUCAGACGGAUGAGGAUUUCUUUGAUAAGCUAGUAAAUGAUGAUGAUGAUGACGAUGUUAGCUCGAAAACCACUGGAUUGGUUCAUGCUUCCGAUUUAUUGGACGGGAAUGAGUCUGAUGAAUUGAAAGAGUUUGCUAAUUUAAGUACAGGCGAGAUAAGUCGUGGAAAUAGUGGCGCGGAAACGGUUAAGGUGGAGGGGAACUGUGAUAAUCUGGGGAUACAGAGUCUUGAAGCAAGGGGAGAACAGGUUGUUGAUGGGGAGGCUAAUUCUUCGUUAGUAUCAUCAGAUUCGCCUGUUUUGGACAAUGGGCCUGUAACAGGUGACGGGGAUAUGUCUUCUGAGGUUCAGUCAGGGUUGAUGAGAGAGAUUAGUUGCUCACCUAAAAGUGGUGUUAAGGAGGUCCAAUGGAGUGCUUUUACUGAUUCAGCUAUGCACGGUAGUGGUGGUGUUGGAUUUUAUGACGAAUUCCUUGCUGACUUAGGAGGGGGGGAACUGGGGAAUUUCCAUACCGAAGCUAAAGCUGUGCCUGGAAAUGAGGCAAGGAAAAAUGCAGUUACAGAGAGUUUGUUUAGUCAGGCUGAGUAUCAAGGUUCAACUGGGGCUUUUACUGAAAAACCUCCAAAUGGGGGAGAUACAUAUAGCAUCGAGUAUUGGGAAAGUCUUUACCCUGGAUGGAAAUAUGAUUCAAACACUGCACAAUGGUAUCAGUUGCAUGGUAGUGAUGGAGUUUUAAAUGGGCAGGAAAGCUUUGAUAUCACUGCUGGAAGUAUACAAGGAACCUUUGGUGCAAAUGGAGACAGCCUAUCGGAAACUUCUAAUGUCCAGUCAUCCCAAAAUUUUAAUGCACAACAAACAGCUCAAUCUGCCGUGGGAACUAUAAGUCAAUUAAGUAUAACUGAAAAUUUAUCCGGACACAAUUCCAUUCUGCAACAUUAUGAGGAACAUCUGUAUCCAGCACAUAUGAUUUUUGAUUCUCAGUACCCUGGCUGGUAUUAUGAUACAAUAGCUCAACAAUGGUUUUCUUUGGAAGUUUAUCAUGCAACGGAUCAGACUAGGAAUCCACAGGUUCAAAAUGGAUUCCUCUCCUCAGCAGGUUAUUCUCAUGCUAGUAGUACUAGUAGUCAGGGCAUUAACAAUGAUGGGCUACAAGGUCCCAGAGGUGAAGGCCUGGAAAAUUUUGUUGCUACAUCCAUUAUAGACCAUGACCAACAGGGUGCUCAGUUUGGGAGUGUGAACGGGCCUACUACCAAUUUUAGUGUGGUUCCGUCGUGGCAAAGAUUCAAUGAUAACAAUAGCUAUGGUAACAAUCAAUUGUGCCAAGAGAUUCCCUCUGGUUCCACAGGAGCUUUGGAAACAUACAAGCAAACAACUCAGAGUAAUGAUAAUUCAAAUUGGGCUGGUGGCUUGAACAAUUUUUCUGCUGAGAAUAAUUUUCAGCUGUUUAAUCAUGCUCAACAAGCUCUGCAAAAUGAGCAGCCAAGUCAAUACCCAACUGGUCAUUACAGCAGUCAACAUGCAGCUGCUGUUCCCCAACCCUUAUUUUCUAAUGCUCACCAUGUCUCUUGUUCACCAAGUGAGGGAAGGUCAUCUGCAGGUCGACCUCCUCAUGCUUUAGUUACUUUUGGGUUUGGGGGGAAGCUUGUAGUUAUGAAAGAUAAUAACACUGGUGGGUUUUCAGCACUUGGAAGCAAGGAUAGUGAUGGAUGCUUCUUAUCUGUACUCAAUUUGAUGGAAGUUGUGAGUUUGAGCAAGGGUCCGUCUUGCUCUGAGACAAGUGCUUAUAGCUACUUCCAUUCUUUGUAUCAUCAAUCCUUUCCUGGUCCUUUAAUUGGUGGUAAUGUGGGAAGCAAAGAUAUGAAUAAAUGGAUUGAUGACAAGAUAUCAAACUGCGAAUCUCUGGAAAUGAAUUAUGGUAAACGUCAAGGUUCGAAAUUGCUUCUUUCAUUGCUAAAAAUUGCUUGUCAACACUAUGGAAAACUUCGAUCCUUUGGCGGGGAUACUGGGCUGAAGGAAAAUGACCUUCCAGAAUCAGCCGUUGCCAAACUCUUUGCAUCUUCCAAGAGGAGUGAUGGCCAGCUUAAUGAUUAUAAUGCAAUUUCUAAGUGUUUGAUGACCUUGCCUUCUGAAGCACAAAUUCAGACAACUGCUACUGAGGUACAAAACCUUCUGAUAUCUGGUAGAAAGAUGGAGGCUUUGCAACAAGCUCAAGACGGUCACCUCUGGGGAUUUGCUCUAAUUCUUGCCCGAGAACUUGGGGAUCAGCUUUAUGCUGAUACCGUGAAGAAAAUGGCAGUUAGCCAGCUAGUGGUUGGCUCACCUUUGAGAACUUUGUGCCUUUUGAUAGCAAGAAAACCUGAAGAGGUUUUCUGUAAUAGCACGAUGCCUUCUAAUGAUGUGUAUGAAGCAGUAAAUAUGUUGCCACAGUCUGGGCAGUAUGCUAAGCAGAAUGCAGGUUUUAGCAUGCUGGAGAACUGGGAGGAGAAUUUGGCUGUAAUAACUGCAAAUAGAACUGAGAAUGAUCAUCUUGUGAUUAUCCAUCUUGGAGAUUGUCUACUGAAGGAAAAACAUGAUGUUAUUGCUGCACAUAUCUGCUACUUGGUUGCAGAGGCUGGAUUUGAAUUGUAUUCAGAUAGUGCAAGAUUGUGUCUCAUUGGUGCAGACCACUGGAACUUCCCAAGGACGUAUGCUAGUCCUGAGGCAAUUCAGAUGACAGAGCUUUAUGAAUAUGCAAAGGUUCUUGGGAAUUCUCAGUUUGUCCUGCUUCAACUGCAGCCAUACAAACUUAUAUAUGCGCACAUGCUGGCUGAGGUUGGAAGGAUUUCGGAUUCAUUAAAAUACUGUCAAGCUGUUUACAAAUCUCUGAAAAUUGGACGGUCACCGGAGGCAGAUACAUUGAAACAGUUGUUGUCAUCUCUUGAAGAGAGGAUUAGGACUCACCAGCAGAGUGGAUAUUCAGGUAACUUAGCUCCAGCAAAGAUAGUGGGUAAAUUGCUGAACUUUAUUGAUAAUACAGCUCAUCGUGUUGUUGGAGGACUUCCGCCACCUGGUCCUUCGUCUUUAACAACACAAAGUAGUUAUCAAGGCAGUGAAAAUCAAUUUCAGACACUGGGCCCUAAGGUGACUGGUAGUCAAUCAAUCAUGGGUGUCUCAUCACUGACACCAUUAGCAUCCAUGAAUGUAACGAGCAGUCAGUCAACCAUGGGUCUGUCGUCACUGACUCCAUCAGCAUCCAUGGAGCCCAUAAGCCAGUGGGCAGUAGAUGAAAGUAAAAUGACAUUGCAAAGUAGAAGCGUUUCUGAGCCAGAUAUUGGUAAAACUAAGCCGGAUCAGGUUGAUUCUUCAAAUGAAGCAACUUCUUCCAGUACAGUGGUAAAACAAUCUGGUUCAGCAGGAACAUCUCGCUUUGGUCGUUUGAACUUUGGUGCUCAGAUCUUGCAAAAGACUGUUGGAUUGGUCUUAAAGCCUCUUCAAGGCCACCAGGCUAAGUUGGGGGACACAAAUAAAUUCUAUUACGACGAAAAGCUAAAGAGAUGGGUGGAGGAAGGUGCUGAACCAACUCCUGAAGAAUCUGCUCUGCCACCACCACCGACUGCUGCCUUCCAAAAUGGAAGGUCAGACUAUAAUUUGAAGAAUGCUUUGAAUGAUGGAAUGCAUGCCAUUAAUGGUGAUCCAGGAUCUAGUAGUUCAACCCAUGAAAGCAGCCCUGCUAUACCAUCUAUGCCUAGCUCAAAUCAAUUUUCAGCACGCGGUCGGAUGGGUGUACGAUCAAGGUACGUGGAUACCUUCAACAAGGGUGGCGGGGCCUCUACAAAUCUGUUCCAGGCACCAUCUGUACCGUCAGCUAAACCUACUAAUCUCACUGGCACCAAGUUCUUCAUUCCCCUGGCUGCACCGACAAAUGAACAGACUUCAGGCACUGAAUCUGGAAGCGGAAAUGAAAUUUCUGGAAGUGGAGAAAAUUCUUCUAGUGAUCCUUUCCAAAACCUAGCACCUUCACCCAUUGGAACAAUGCAGAGGUUCUCUAGUGUCGAUGCCUUACCUAGCAAGGGUGCAAUGGACAGUGGGAUAAGCUCUCUUGCAACUCAAUCUCGUCGUACAGCUUCAUGGAGUGCAGUUCAAAAUGAUACAUACACUCCACCUUCAACAAGUGAGAUUAAAUCUUCCCCACUUUCGUUUAUGCCUGGUGAUCAGUUGCUGGGUAAUCUGCACAUGGAUAGAGACAAUUCUGGAAAUGACCUCCAGGAGGUUGAACUUUGAACUGGGGUGCUGUAAAUAUCUAGUUUUGCAUUUUAUGAUUAGUAUGAAAAACACAAUUAGAAAUUAUCAAGGCCAAAGCUAUUGAAGCCCAGCGAAGUGGAGCUUCAAGUUCUAGAUACAAAAACUUCCUUUUUCUUCACUCUUUGCCUCCUGCAAAUAUGUCAGAAAAUUGUUAAUCUUAUUAUUGUACUAAUUACUAAUUAGAGGUAGGAUGUUGUAGUCGUUAGAUGGACAUACUACAUGGCAAAAAUGAGUUGGGGCACCUUGUACAGUUCCAUUUUGUUAGGUUCAUUUGAAAUGUACUAUAGUGAACGGUUAAAGGUGGAUAGGAGGGAAAUAUGUCAAGGCGAGAUUCAAUAAUGUAACGACAGUUUUCAUGUUUCAUAUUGCUGACUUUAUCACAAACUUUUAAAUAAGGUAGGCGUAUACAAAUAUUGUCAGACAAGUGCAAAUAAUAUUCAGUUUACCUGA